CUAAUUUCGUAGAUCCUUCCCUCUCUCUCUUUCCCCUUUUCCCCCAAAUUAUUUUCGGCUAAAUCUUUAAUUUUUUUUCCCCCAAAACCCCUAAGGAAUCACUCGAAAUUUUUUGACAAAGCCAAAAUCCUCCUCCUCGUAUGGCCUUUCACGUAGCUUGCCCAAUUACCUGCCGGAAGAUCUGCCACUGCUCGCUCGGGUUCUCGGGGGGGCUGUGGAGCGGCAAGCGGAAAGAUGAGUUCUUGCAGGAUGUGGCGAUGGUUGAGGAGUUUCUCAAGGACCCUUGGCUGGUUAGGGCUAGAGAGAAUGCCACAAUUCAGGUGAGGGUACCCAGACUCGCCAUCGCUCAACCCUCUCAGCAGCUGCUUGCAGGUGAUUCUGGUGGCGGCAGGGAUGCGGAUGAGGCGGCCGCCGAGAUGUCUGCCCAGACCAAGCGGGUGUCAUUGCAGAAGAAAGCCGCAGCUGCAUCCUCUGUGGCUGAGGAUUUUGCCAGGCGGUUUGAAUCUGGCAAUUUAGUGGAUUCUCCUAACGAUACUGCUGGAGAAGAACCGGGUCAAUCAAAUGCCAAAGUAAUGUGUAGACUAUGCUUUCGUGGGGAAUGGGCAAAGAAAACACUGCCAUGCAAAAUGUGUGGGAAGAAGUAUCAUCGUAGCUGCUUGAAAACCUGGGCUCAACAUAGAGAUCUUUUUCACUGGAGUUCAUGGACAUGCCCUUCAUGCCGGAGUUGUGAGGCAUGCGGGCAAACUGGAGAUCCAAAUAAGUUCAUGUUUUGCAAAAGAUGUGAUGCAGCGUAUCAUUGCUACUGCAUACAUCCUCCGCACAGGAAUGUUAGCAAUGGAACUUAUUUGUGCCCAAAGCACACUAAGUGUCACAGUUGCAAUUCUUCUGUUCCUGGGAAUGGCCAAAGUGUAAGGUGGUUUCUGGAAUAUACUUGCUGUGAUGCUUGUGGGAGAUUGUUUACGAAGGGAAAUUACUGCCCUGUUUGUUUAAAGGUCUAUAGAGAUUCUGAAUCAACACCCAUGGUUUGUUGCGAUAUUUGCCAGCGCUGGGUGCACUGCCAUUGCGAUGGCAUCAGUGAUGAGAAAUAUUUGCAGUUUCAAGUAGAUGGAAAUCUCCAGUAUGCAUGCCCAACAUGCCGAGGGGAUUGUUAUCAGGUUAGGAAUCAAGAGGAAGCUAUUCAGGAGCUUUGGAGGAGGAAAGAUGAAGCUGACAAGGAAGUGAUUGCAAGUUUGAGGGCAGCUGCUGGAUUGCCAACUCAGGAAGAAAUAUUUUCAAUUUCACCUUUUUCUGAUGAUGAUGACAGCCCCAUUGUAUCAAAGAAUGAAUUCGGUCGUUCAUUGAAAUUCUCUCUCAAAGGUCUGGCUGAAAAAUCUCCCAUGAAGAGCAAAGAUUAUGGGAAGAAAUCUUCAAACAAGAAGUAUGGGAAGAAUAAAGGACAUAAGGUAUCUUCAGCUGGUCAAAUAGAAUCACAUAUGGAUUUUCAAGGCCAGCAUAGUGAUGCUCCAUCUGGUGGAUGUAGUGCUGGUGAUGUAAAUAAUGAUGAAAUGAAGGCUUAUAGAGGUGAAGAGCCCGAUUCUUCUCCUAUUGCUGGAAGCUUGACAGAAGGGAUAUGUUUUACUAAUCAGGCUGGGGUUGUAAAAAGUGAAUACAUAGAUAUGGUUGCUGCUAACAAUGGAAACAAGACUUCUAUCCAGAUAAAAGGCAGCAAGCACCAAAGUACCAGUGAUGAAGAUGUUGGAGCUCAUAAAAGCAUGUCUAAGACCACCAAAGGACCAAAGCUUGUCAUACAUUUGGGCACAUGGAAUAAAUUUGUAUCUGGUUCGCCUAAGUCUGAUGUUUCGAGUUGUCAAAGAGAUCAAUACUUCCCUACUUCAAAUGGGGGUGAUGAUAUGGGUCAAAAGAAUCUGAAUGAGCACACAGAAAGGAAUGAAAUUGCAGCAGCAGGUGGAAAAGAUCAUCUCAACCAAACGCAAGGUCAAAAAAUUGGUGGAAAAGAAGGUCCCUUGAUAAAGAUAAAAAAGCCUAGAACCGAAAUUAUUGAUAGGACGACUGUCAAAACUGGGCAAAAAUCUACUGACGGAUCAUCUGUGGGAAAAAGAAGCAAUGAGGCUAGCAUGGCUGCUGCAAGGGCUGCGACCCAGCUUCCCGCCAGUCGAAGCAACAAAGUAUCAUCCAUGAGACAAGCAGGAGGGGAACCUGAUGGUUUGCAUGUCGGCGAUGGAAAUAAUGCACUCACUCAUUCAAUGCAAAAAGAUCCGAAACGACCAUUAAAGCUUAAAUUCAAGAAUCCGUACCCCGAUGUGCAGAAUCAAUGGGCAUCUACGGAGGAAGAGAAAGGUGUGAUCAAGGGCCAAAGAUCAAAACGAAAAAGGCCAUCACUUUUUGGAGAGAACUCAUCAGCCACUGCUGAUUUGCGACGGUAUGGAGAUAAUUCAUUGGACGAGAUGAUGGAUGCUAAUUGGAUCCUCCAAAAGUUGGGAAAAGAUGCGGUGGGAAAGAGAGUAGAAGUUCAUUACCAAUCUGAUAAUACCUGGCAUAGAGGAAAAGUAACAGAAUUCUUUGAAGGGACAUCAAUUGUGGCUGUCACUCUGGAUGAUGGAGAUACCCAGAAUGUAGAACUAGGGAAACAAGGAAUCCGGUUCGUCCCACAAAAGCAAAAGCGGUAAUUAAUCAUUGGAUGUUACUUUGUACAUUAGUCAGAUUUGAGGAUGUUAGGGGUGGUUCAAAGAAAAAAGAGGACGCGACCCAAGAAGACAGCCGUUUUCAGGUUGGUGGGUUUAUUUCUUCCUCUUGGUGCCCUCUUUGCAGCCAUUUGAACCCCUCAUAGCCUAACCAAGAAUAAUCACAGCCAAAUCAGACACUCUCUUCAUAGAUAUAUAAAGAGCCAAGUGCUAUAAAGAGCCAAGUGCACGUCCGACCGAAUCUUUUUGAAUUUCAUUGGUUUCUCUACGUUUCUUUCUGGUUUCUUGUCUUUCUAUGUACUCCAUAGUACAGAUUGGAUUGCAUGUUUUGGCCACUUCUUUUAGGGUGUGUCAAGACAAACGAACAAACUCAAGACUGUAAAUUUGUGUAGCAAUGAGAGCCGCCGCUGUGGCCAUCCUUUUGAACAUUCACACACAAUGUGCUUUCCCGGUAUGUUUAUGUAGCUUCACAAGCCUUGUUGAUCAUUGAUGGACCUCUAUAUUCCAAUUCUGGUGGUAAGUAAAGAUUCAUUUUAUUU